AUGGCCGAUUCCGCCGUGAGCUUCGUCCUCGGCCGGCUCGGGGAGUUCGUAGUGAAGGAGGCCCGCGCCCUGCAGGAGGUGGGCAACGACGUGGUGCUGCUCAAAGACAAGCUCCAGUGGCUGCACACGUUCGUCCAGCAGGCGGACCACCGGCGGCGCUGCGAGGGCAACACCUACAUGGACGUGUGGGUGCAGCAGACGCGGGAAGUGGCGCUGGACGUGGAGGACGUGCUGGACGAGUUCAUGCGGCGCGUGGACUUGCAGCAGGGCCUGCCGGCAUGGAGGAAGUGGCUCAAGUUCCUGCGGUCGUGCGCCUCGCAGAUCUCCGUGCGGCGCGAGCUGUCCGGAAGGAUCGCCAUGAUCAGAGCAAGGCUGGACCAGAUCUCCGACCACAGAAGUGCCUACAUCACCGACUACUCUUCUUCACUUACCCGGGAGUCCUCCUCCCCAUCGAUCACCACGGUUGAUGGAUGGGAUGAGGCGCUUGAAGUGGUUGGCUUCAGAAAUGAAUAUUUGUCCCUGGAGCGCCUUCUUCGUGAAGGUGAUGGGAGGAGAUCUAUCGUGUGGAUCGUGGGGGAGAGUGGUGUAGGAAAAACCACUCUUGCACGGACGGUGUACGACAGCCCUGCUGUCCAGGCGCACUUCAAAGCUCGUGUUAUGUGGAAUCUUGCACCGUGUACUACUGAAGAUGUUGCUCUAUGCGAGAUUUACCAGCACUUGCGCCCUCCUGUGCAUGCUCCUGCCACCGUCGAAGGAAUCCGAGAUGCCCUGUCAAAAUAUUUGAAGGAAAAACGCUAUUUGAUUGUGCUGGAUGGGGCUGCCAAGUUGUUCAAUUGGAGUUCCGUGCUCGAUGUCCUGCCUGACAAUCACCUUGGAAGCCGGGUUGUGAUCGUCAAUUCCCUGAAUGAUCACGAAGCUUUAGUCCCGGGUGGUAAGCACGACCAUAAGCUCACAGUACAGCUUCUAGAUCAGAAGAACAGCAACCUCUUAUUUCGUCGCCAUGCUCUUGGUCUUGGGAGUGAGUCUUCCUUUGGAAAAUCCUACUUCUGGGCAAGUGCAUAUGAGAGGCAAAUGAGCAAGGCAUUCAAAGACAUGUUUGAGAUCACAAGCGGCCUUCCUCUGGCAAUCCUGCUACUGGGCCGGCUUCUUCGGAGAAAGGUGUUCCCUGAGCAAUGGGAAGAUGUGCUGAAGCAUCUCAAAUCCAUGAAGCCGUCAAGUCGUGUAGAAGGUGUAUUGGCAUUAAGCUUUGAUGAUCUUCCACAUUAUUUGAAGUCAUGUUUCUUGUACUUUGCCAUGAUGCCACAGAACAUGAGCUACAGUGCUGCUGGGUUGGUUCGGAUAUGGGCAGCGGAGGGGUUCCUCAAGCCGAGAAGGGGACAAAGUAUGGAGGAUGCUGGGCACAGUUACCUAAAAGAGCUUAUUUCAAGAGGUAUGGUACAUGUGUUUGAGAAGGGACCCGUGGCAUCUGAAGAGUCCACGUUGAGGACAGUGGUUAUCCAUCAGAGACUUCAUGCCAUGGCAAGGUUCGAAACAGAGGGCAGUUUCCUAGAUGUCUACGACUGCACAGAUAUCCCAGCAUCCUCUACAGGUGUUCGACACCUCUACAUCCAAAACUUGAGUAAUGCUGCCUACACGCAUAUGGAGGGUGCUUCAUUCCCUAAGUUACGAUCUGUCUCAUGUGACUUCUCCGAGUAUUGGGAAUACAAAGCUGAAGAGCAACAACACGUGACAGCUGGUCAUCAAGAUCAACCCUACCAUGACAGUUUCCUGGGACAUUUAGGAAGAUCCAACUUACUCCGAGUGAUAGAUCUUGGAGGGCUGCAAGUCAAAAGGUUGCCAUCAAUGAUCGGGAGCUUGGUCCAUCUGAGGUACCUGUGCAUUCAGCGUAGCUGCUUGGUGGAGCUUCCAUCAACGAUUGCAAAUCUGAUCAACCUCCAGACGCUCGACAUAAUAAGAACGAAGGUGAAGAGAGUCACACCGGCAUUUUGGGCGAUCCCGACGCUGCGGCAUGUCCGCGCAGAAAUGUUACAUAUGCCCAAGCCCAAGUCAGCUGGGGUGCUCAAGUCCAUGCAGUCACUCGUGGGCAUGGUCUGCGUUCAUCCCUGGCACAACAACAUCAGUCCUUUGCACAAAAUGAUUAACGUGCGAGAGUUGGAUAUCUCAAGCCUGAACUCCGACCACUGGGGCGCCCUUUCAGAUGCUUUCAAGCAGCUAGAGUCACUCCUCUACCUUCGUAUUCGUGGGUGCGACAUCCCAGCACUCACCCUGUUCACAAAAUUUAACCUGCGGCGUCUACAGAGACUCAAGUUGGACGGAAGGAUCUUCAUGUCAGCUAAAGAGGAAGCAGAAGAGCAGUUCACGUUGCCAAACCUCACCAGCCUGUUACUUAUGCAUUCAGGGGUGAAACAAGGCUUCAUCGACAAGAUAGGCAAACUCCCCCGCCUUGUGAGGCUAGAGUUGUGUGAGAAAUCAUAUGAAGGAGAAGAGCUCGUUUUCACUCAAGAAAGUGGAUUUGUCAACCUCACACACCUUGGGCUCCGGAGCCUCCCUGGAUUGUCCAAGUGGAAGAUCGUGUCGGAGUCCCUUCCAAAUGUUGAAAAAGUAAUUGUCAAUGAUUGCACCAACAUGAAACUCGAGGUUGAAGGGGGUGUGCAGGUGUUGAAAAAUCUCACUAAGUUCAAAGUCAUCGACAUGCCCAAAAAAUGGGGCGUCGAGGAGGCUGGGCCCCUAAGUGAAAAAUUCGUCCAGAUAUGA